UUGACAUCAGCUGUUCAGCCCACAGAGCCGCGGAGGAGACAGAAAGGUAUCCGUGCUAUGAUGGUGCUUUUAGUGAUAGUCGCGGGGCUCGGAGUGGUGACGCUGCUGGUCAUUUUAUUUGCUCCACACAUAAGGUCUGGACUGUUGGUUGGACAAAACGAGCAUUGUGAAGGUGUCACUUUUGGGAAGUAUGCGGCUGGAGGAGUGUGCCGGUCCCCCGUCUCUCUGGAGGGGAAGACGGUGCUCAUCACGGGGGCAAACACCGGCAUCGGGAAGGAGACGGCCCUGGAACUCGCAGUGAGAGGAGCUCGUGUGAUCAUGGCCUGCAGAGACAUAGAUAAAGGGGAGGAGUCAGCAGACAGCAUCAGAGCGUCGUGUGCUCACGCUCAGGUGGAGGUGCGGCAGCUCGACCUCGCCGACACCUGCUCCAUACGGGCCUUCGCUCAGAAGUUCCUCGCAGAGGUCAACCAGCUCCAUAUCCUCAUCAACAACGCGGGGGUGAUGAUGUGCCCGUACACAAAGACCAUCGAUGGCUUCGAGAUGCACAUCGGAGUCAAUCAUUUAGGGCACUUCCUGUUGGCGUCGCUGCUGAUUGGUCUGCUGAAGCGCAGCGCUCCCGCUCGGAUCGUGGUCGUCUCGUCUCUCGCUCACAACUUCGGCUGGAUCCGUUUCCACGACCUUCACAGCCAGGGCAGCUACAACAGCGGGUUAGCAUACUGCCAGAGCAAACUGGCUAACGUGCUGUUCGCCAGAGAGCUGUCACGCAGACUCAAAGGUA